ACGCCUGUCAGUGUUUGCGUUUCACGAACUUUUGCUAUUUAUUGCUGCAGAAUAUUGGGCAAAGAAAUGACGGGGAACAUUGAAUUAUUAUCUGUUCUUGAAGGUCAUGAAGACAGAGUAUGGUGUGUUGCUUGGAAUCCCACAGGAACAGUACUUGCAAGCUCUAGUGGUGACAAAACAAUCCGCAUAUGGGGCAAAGAAGGUGACAAAUGGAUGUGCAAGACAAUUCUAGAGGAUGGACAUCAGAGAACUAUAAGAUCAAUUGCUUGGUCACCCUGUGGAACAUACCUCGCUUCAGCAAGCUUUGAUGCAACRACUUGUAUAUGGGACAAAAAAAGUGGAGAGUUUGAAUGCAAUGCAACAUUAGAAGGACAUGAAAAUGAAGUCAAGAGUGUUGAUUGGUCGAAGUCGGGGUCACUGCUAGCAACUUGUGGCAGAGAUAARAGUGUUUGGAUAUGGGAUGGUAAGAGAGACAGGAAGCCAUUGAUAUGUUUUGAUACUCUGGAAGGUCAUGAAUCAACCRUCUGGUCUAUCAGCUUCAAUGCGAAAGGAGAUAGAUUAGUUUCUGCCAGCGAUGACAAAACUUUAAGAAUAUGGCAAUCAUAUCCGCCAGGGAACCAAGAAGGUGUCGUUACUGCUGGCAAGGACCCAAAGAUGAAAUGUGUUUGUGUCCUAUCAGGAUAUCACAACCGAACAGUUUAUGAUGUAGACUGGUCUAAGGUAAAUGGGCUGAUUGCUUCUGCUGCGGGGGAUGACUGUAUCCGCAUAUUCCAAGAGGAUAUAAACUCCAACAGAAACCAACCAUCAUUCACAAUAGCGGCGAUGAAAAACAAGGCACACGAACAAGAUGUCAACAGCAUCAAAUGGAAUCCCAAAGAUGGCAACAUUUUGGCUUCUUGUUCAGAUGACGGUACUGUUAAGAUAUGGAAAUAUGUCAGUGAUGAUCAAUAAUUUUAUAUCCAUUUGUAUAACCAACCAAGUGAAUGACAUUGAAUUUCUCUAUACAAUGAACCCUACUGGGGCGGGUCCAGGACGUUGUUAGGGGGUGUCCCAAAUGAAGAAAUGUAUAUAGAGUUAUUAUGCAUUGCUUCAAAAAAGCGUAAGAGUAAUUACGGUGUUAGAGGGGUGUCCGGUCACCCCAGGACACUCCCUGGAUCCGCUCCCUGCUACUUAAUGUAUACUACCAGGUCUCAAGAAUUCUUAACUUUGGCGUAAUGCUACCACAUUAAGACCACAUUCUCAAACCAACAGCAGGUUAUCUUGAGCUGUUGAGACUCGCUAUAGACCCCUUGCAGUACGUCGGAAUGCAGCUCAAUUUGCAAGACAUAACAAGAGGUUUCCAAUUCUCAGGAGAUURAAAUUCUUUUAUUUUUUCCUCCUUUGACGUUACAUGCAAGARGUAUAUGUAGGAAUUACCAAAGAAAAGCACUUCCCUGAAAUGAGAAUUCUUCUUCUUUUGCUAAUCUAUUUAUCUGCCAGAGUUCUUGAACCUGUUUGAAAAACCUUGGCUGCUUGUAUUCACGAGAUAUAGAAUAACGGGUCAAGAACAGAGUAGCAUGGUUGACUUAGCGACAAAAGGACUAAAACAGAGUUUGUUUGAUGUGAGGAAAUGGGAUUAGGGUAGGAUCGGAUAGAUUAUUUCAUUGUUUACUAGGUUUUUAUUAAUUACAAAUACAAUAAUAGAAUUAUAA